UUAAUUUGCUUUAAGUUUUAAACUAAACCAUACAUUUGGCUUGACCAUAUGUUCCUUUUUGAGAGGUCAUGAUUGACCCAUUUCCCCCCUCCCACCCCUGCUUAUUUGUAUUAUCCAAAUUCAGGGUCCUAGUUUUUUUUUUCGUUUAAUUACAAUAAGUCCCCAAUUUAUGUCUCCUCCUUCCCCCUGCCCCUUUUUACGUAAUUUUACAUUCAUCAUUAUUAUUAUUAACACCGUUACCUGAUUGGUGUCGCCUUAACCCCUACACUCGGAGGACGGACGAUGCUGUCAGCAAUUUCUCGUUACGUCGCCUCGCCAGCCUUCACCUAACUAACAUUUGACCAUACCGGUUGUAGGUGAACAUUGAUGUAUGGUACAACAAAUAGAAAACAAUUGUCUUUUAAUUCGGUGUUAUUGGUUAACUUCCUGUAAUUAACUUUCUUUUCAAGGAGGAGAUGGUAGAGGUAUAUUUUGUUCCUGCAGUGUUUGUUUUUGGGUUUGUCCUCUUGAGCGGAACUUUUAUGGAUUUCCUCCAGGACCGAUUGACACAAAUAGCUGUUUUUGCAUUUGAACGGAGCCAGCGAUGGCAUUCGGUGUUUUUUUAUUACCUACCGAUAAAUAAGCAUUAUUUUUGUGUGUUCCCAUGCAGAGGUUAUGGGGAUGGGAUAGUAAAAAUGCACAUUAAACUUUACUUUAUUGCUAUACUUAGUACAUUCUAUCCAUAAUAACAUCUGUUAGUAAUGUUGACGCAUUUCCUUUUGGUUACGUAGAAUUCGACGCAAGGAGGUUGUCACGUGCCUAUUUUAUAAUUGUAGAUGGUGUCUCUUAGUCUUUUUCCAACGUAUACCAGUUUGUAUACUCAGUAUAGUCAAUCAUCGGCUGCUUGUUGCGAUCUCUUUUUAUACCUUGGGUACUGCCACCCUAGGUGCUUAAUUAAUAGGAUGAUGAACAGCAGUGCUGCUCGGACAUUAAUAUUUCAGACUGAUAACUACAGCUGCUGUCCUCUUGUAGCGUUCUGAGUGACAAGGGUUGGCCAUUAGUCGAAUGGGGCCCCCUUUCCCCCCCCCAAGCUCAUCUGCAGCGAGGCUGUAAGAAUCGUUAGCCUCCUAAUUAGUGAUGUGGAAAUGCAAUUAUUCCAUUGCCUUUCUUUUUGUCCUCGCCAAUUAAAUGUAACUCGUUACUCCACUUUAUUAUUUCAUUCAUCUUUAUAGUCUCCUAUGUGUCCAUAUUAUAAAUUACACUAUAAUUAACACCUUUUUAUUUAUCAAGUACAAGAGCACUGCAAUAAGAACUCUACGGGUUUUUUAGGUAUUCCAGGCUACAGCUAACAUGACGGUCAUUGCGAAUUCACUCUGCUCAAUCCGCUGUUGGAUGAAGGCCUUCAAAUUACCACGAUCCCUCUGCUAUUUUGCGAUUUGGAUCCUGCACUGGCGCUACUCUUAUGUAUCUAUCUUUUGCAGUGGACGUCCUCCUCAGGCGUGUAUCUAAGCAUGUUGUGCUUCUUUCGCACCGUACGUGGCCAACCGUGCUUAUCAGAAGCGUUUACUCCUUGGCUCUCACUUCAUCAUUCACCUCCACCACUGGCCAUCCAUUCUAGUGAUGUGCCAUGCUCAAGCCUACUUGGUUUAAGUCAUUGUACCCAACGUGGUGUGUUUUUUCAAGUCACAAGCUCCUCCCCUUGGUCUAAAUGCUUCCUUGCACACUUAAGCUUUCAUGGUCUUAUUAUUUUUAAUGUUUGAUCCGUAUGUUUGUUUUAUAACCGGUAUUAAUUCCACACUGCAUGUGGGGGUUGCCCCCUUCUCUUGAUAGGAAACCACAUUUUUAUGACGACUCGCCUGUUUUUGCAUAUGCAUGGUGUAACUGUAGAUACUGUAUAUAAUUUCAGAACGCCAAAUAAUUAUUAGUUUUAAAGGGCAAACAAUAUGAGCAUACAAUGUCUUCAUAACUUUAUCUCCACAAAAAAAUUAAGUAUCUUACGUCACUCAUUGGCCACAUGACCUUCUGUGAGUGCAUAAUUUCAGCAAGCAAACUGUGGACCAGGUUCAACCCCCAGUGUUCUCAUCAGCAGAGCCAGGCUUGCUUGAAUCGAUGCUGGUGAAAAGUGUCUUGGCCAACCUUGUUUUGCUUAUAUAAUUUAUAUUCUACACAACGCCGUUUAUGCUUUUGUAUUGUAUAAUUUAGCGUCGACUGGAUAACCCUUAUCGAGAGGAUCCUUGGUUGUAACAUUUGGUCGGUAACCAGCAUUAUUUCACGCAAGCAUCUGCUGACGAGACACUUUGCCAAAACGGGGGGCCAGAGUUUGCUUAUACCGACUCAAUGCUGCUGAUAUAAUGUACUCCCAGACGGCUGUGGUCAAUUGGUUGUGUAAGAAAAAACAUAAAUUUAUGUGCAUAGACGGAUGAUAAAUUAAGACUUUUAUUUUCUGUUCGUCUAUUUUGUUCUUUGUAUUGACCAAUGGUUAACAAAACAUUGCCUGGCAUGGAUGUUUUUUUAAAGGUUUUUCAUGUCUGCCUGUAAAGGUUUAAUUUUGGUUGCUCAAGCAAUGUAUUCUAUUUUAUGAAGACCAGUACAGUUGCGCCUGGUAAAUGUUGAUCAUCAAGCCAAGAUGCAAAAUGUUGCAUUCGUGAAAUAUAGGAGCUACAUUGCAAACAUUCAAUUUGCGAUGCUAUCUGCUGUGGUCUCUUUUUUGCACUUGGAAGGUACAGCAGAUCCAACCCCAAUAAUCCGUGAUUGAUAUGGUGGGGACCAUAUCUUGGAUUCCAUAUUCCGCGCGACUCUAUUUAAUCCACAAAAUAUAUGCAGCUCAUGAGGUUGGCGUGGCACACAAGUUGUUAAUCCGCUGUGUGGAUUAUUGGAGAAGUUGAGCUGGUCCCGGAAGAAUUCCAGAAAUCUGCGGAUUUCGGUCUCCGCUCCCGCAGAUUCCCAAAUUAUGCACAUUGCAGGACUUGAUGGAAUAUUGGGAGUCCUACUACUGUGUACGUGUUUUUUUUUAAUAUACAUUCUCCAACAUCCUUGUUUUUGCCUACGGACAAUCUGAAGUAUUAUUAUUCUUCUGCCCGACCCCAUGCCACAUUACCACGGAGUGCCGCUGCCUGCGUGACGUACGAUUGGCACUUGCGUUGUGCACAAAACGCCGCUUGCGGUGUGCCACGAGGUGUGCCACUUGCCAAAUGUUACCCGGAGGCCAUUGAGCCAGACGGACGUCCUGUUUUCUCUCGCAUUUUGGUGUAGGAAAAACCACAUCGUCCUUGUGUAUUCUGGCUGCCAUCUGUGGAGUCUUUUUAUUUAUUAAACAGGCUGACAGCCCUUGGCGGUGGGGGGGGGGGGUUGAUGGUGAUGAGAAAAAAAUAAGAGCGUAGCCAAAUGAAUAACAACUAAGCGACUGCUGCCAUUUGCCCUCCCCAGCAAAGCCUGGCGUCAACUGACAGGGUUAAACCCAUAGGUACAGUAGGCAUUCCCAAUACUGUACGAACAUUACAUGUCAGCGGCGGCAGCGUGCGAGUGGAGUGCUUGCUGUUCGGUUUACGCACGCACGUGUAAAGAGUGCGUGCGUGCGUGCGCGCGCACGGGAAGAUCUUGAGCACGUAGCUGUCCGUCAGGCGUCGUGUGGGCAUCUCGGUGGGCUCCGGCUGCGCUAGAAUAUUUUUUUGGCUGAAAAGUGCGGGGGGGGGGGGGGUUAAAAGAGGGGGCAGCCUCCCCUGCAGCUCAACUCGUUCAGUCCUGUGACGACGGGCUCCUAGCGUCAACCCCGUUCUUUGUUUGCCGUGGAAAGCUACGGGGCGAACAAGCCAUUUUCUUCUGGCCAAUUUUUAGCUGCACGGCUGAAAAAUAAUCUUUUUUUUAAUGCUUGCCCCCUAAGUCUCGUUUUUGUAUGACCGACAGGUUUUUUCGUUGUGCUUUUUUUUGUACGAAGACUCCCCACUUGUUCGGCCAGCGUGCUUUCAUUGUGGAAAGUGGUGAUGCCCCUCUGUGUGGGGUGCGGGCGGCAGUAAGCACGGGCGCACGGCAUGCGCGCAGCAUCGGGCUACUCCGAGUCAGAGCACGAUCGCGUGGAUCGCGCCGCUGCCGCCCCUGAGCCCACCGGCCCGACAAGCGCCACCGGCCAAGGGGGAAGCGCCGCCGCCACCUCAGCGACGCGCGCGGACGCCAGGCCCUGGCCCGUCCAGCGCUGGCUGCUGCGCUGCUUCGCCCGCAGGAUGCUGUGCCGCUACCGCGGCGUAGGUGACCGUGUGGAGCCCAAGGCGGUGGUGCACGGACCGGAGCGUCGCGUGGAAAAGUUGCCGACCCUCCUCGCGCUCUCCAUGGAGGGCACUUGGGAGCCUGUUCCCCGGGCGUCCGCAAGCAGACACUCUCUGCCGGCACGGCUCGCGCCCGCCAUGGAGGUGGCGACCAGUAGCUCCGAAGAGAGCUUCCAGGCACUCAAUCAUGCGGAGCAGAUGGCCCGCCGCAUGGAGGGCUACCUGCGGCACAAGCAGCUGUGCGACGUGGUGUUGCUCGCCGGAGAUCGACGCAUCCCCGCGCACAGGCUGGUGCUGAGCUCCGUGUCCGACUACUUUGCAGCAAUGUUUACCAGCGACGUUCGAGAGGCAAAGCAGGAGGAAGUGAAACUCGAGGGUGUGGAGCCCACAGCUCUCUGGGCCCUUGUGCAGUAUGCCUACACCGGCCGCCUGGAUCUGCGAGAGGACACCAUCGAGGGCCUGCUGGCGGCCGCGUGUCUGCUCCAGCUGUCGCCCGUGGUGGAGGCCUGCUGCGGAUUCCUCAUGAAGCAGCUGCACCCCUCCAACUGCCUGGGCAUUCGCUCGUUUGCUGACGCCCAGGGCUGCACCGACCUGCACAAGGUGGCACACAACUACACCAUGGAGAACUUCCUAGAGGUGAUGAGAAACCAGGAGUUCUUGCUGCUGCCAACGGAGGCGGUCGCCGACCUCUUUGCCAGCGAGGAGAUGAACGUGCCGGGCGAGGAGACGGUGUUUCAGGCGCUCAUGGCCUGGGUGAUGCACGAGGUCGAGACACGGCGCCACGUCCUGCCGGGCCUGCUCGCUCACUUCCUGGGCGACCUGGAAAGCAACCCAUUGCUGUGCGACGAUGUGGAGUGCCAACGUCUUUUGCUGCAAGCCAUGAAGUACCACCUCCUUCCAGAGCGCCGCCCAGCCAUGCAAGGGGCCUCCACUCGGCCACGAAAAUCCACCGUGGGGACCAUGUUUGCCGUCGGAGGAAUGGACGCCACCAAGGGCGCCACCAGCAUUGAGCGCUACGACCUGAGGACCAACACGUGGACGCAGGUGGCCAUGCUGAGCGGUCGACGGCUGCAGUUCGGCGUGGCCGUGCUGGACGACAAGGUGUAUGUCGUGGGCGGGCGGGACGGCCUGAAGACUCUCAACACCGUCGAGUGCUACAAUCCACGCACACACACCUGGAGCGUGCUGCCGCCCAUGUCCACACACAGGCAUGGCCUCGGUGUGGCUGUGCUGGAAGGGCCCAUGUACGCGGUCGGAGGCCACGACGGCUGGAGCUACCUGAACACGGUGGAGCGCUGGGACCCGCAGGCUCGGCAGUGGAACUAUGUGGCCAACAUGUCCAACCCGCGCAGCACUGUUGGUGUGGCUGUCCUCAACGGAAAGCUGUACGCGGUUGGCGGCAGGGACGGUAGCUCGUGCUUGCGCUCCGUCGAGUGCUUUGACCCGCACACCAACAAAUGGACGGCGUGUGCGCCCAUGUGCAAGCGCCGAGGAGGCGUGGGCGUGUCUGCCUGUAAUGGGUUCCUCUACGCCGUGGGAGGACACGACACGCCCGCUUCCAACCACUGCUCGCGGAUAUCCGACUGCGUGGAGAGGUUCGACCCCAAGACGGACGCGUGGACGGCCGUGGCGCCCCUGAGUGUGUCGCGCGAUGCGGUUGGCGUGGGCCUCCUUGGGGACCGUCUGUACGCCGUCGGCGGUUACGACGGGCAGACCUACCUCAACACGGUGGAGGCGUAUGACCCCGUGGCCAAUGAAUGGACACAGGUGGCUCCACUGUGUCUCGGCCGUGCCGGUGCAUGUGUGGUCACGGUCAGAGUGAUCUGACGAGGCCAUCGGCGAAUGGGUGUCUCUCUGUGCGGAUGGGGAAGGGGGAGGAGACAUCCACAAGCUCUGGAGUGGCUAAUGGCUCAAGUUUUUUUUUUUUACAAUUGAAAUGGCUCCGUCGAUUUCAAUUCAUUACCCAUUGUGCUGUGCACGUUUGCUCUUUCUCUCUCUUUUUUGUAAUUGUAUGACGUGUGCAUGGGGUGGACAAAACUCUUGUGAAAAUACACACAUGCUUCCCCCCCCCACCCCCCUCCAAUUUCUGCUUUAUGUCGACCGAAUAGCUGGUGCUUGGGGCUUGGUCACCUAUGCCUUGUGCGGAAUCUGGUGAUGAUUCUGAGAAAUGAAAUACUCGCUAAGCCCUGCUACUGACAGAAAGCCACCGUCUGUUUGCAGAUAUGGCUAUGUCAAACCAUUGGAUUUGCUUUUUUCCGUGCGCGUGUGUUUGCAGUAUAUAUAGAUUCAAAGCUUUGAAUCGGGUGUUAUAUCCUGCCUGCCGUCGUUGCUGGAUUCAGUGUAUCGGUGCUGUAAACCUUACGGGGGUCACAUUUUCGUCUACUCGCGUGCUACGUACAUCACAAAUCUUGCAUCAGUAUGCCAGCGACGCGUGACAUUUAUGCUUUUGUGCACACGCCAGCAUGUCCAUUUUAAAAAUUGGUCUGGUCAGGAACUAUAAAGAUCAGUCACCACCUUUGGCAGUGGUUAUUACUUGAGCAUUGUUAAUUUUUAACCCACGUGUCGUGUUUUUUUGUUUUUCCUGAUGCAGGAAAAAAACGAUUGCAAUUCCUUCACCAGCAAGCAUGUCUGCUGCGUCCAAUAAGCAUGCGCCGAACUCUAACCUUUUUCUGUAAAAUUUUCCCCUCUGCCUUUUGCAUUGUGCGCAAAUCGUGCUUCUCGGCUGCGAGUUACCAAAACCAUACACACCGCCCUAACUGGCGGGUCGCGCUAUAGCAUGCAGCUAAUUGUGGCGAUCAUUGAGCAUUCUUCACAGCCAUGUUUCCACGGUGGAAAUGCUCAUCACUUUGACCGUGAUCAAGCAUUUUGUCAAAAGAUUGGCUGUGGUUCACGAUCGCACCGUGAGUCGAAAGCAAGUCCAUCGGGCAUGCCUGUUCUUGCAGUCCCAGGCUGCAAAGCUUUGGUUUAUUACUGCUUCAAAAACCUAACGGUGGCAAUUGAAAAUGUGCAUUUAAAGCAAAACUGCAAUUUCUGACAUGUGAAGUUCUAAUGACUUGGCAAUGGCUCCUGGAAUUCACACAGGACCACUUUUUAUGCUGAAGUAACGCCAAUGCACGCCUUGUAUAAUUUUACUCUGCUACACAAACUGGAUAAGCACAUCACUUUAACAGUGUUUAGUCACGAAACGGUGUUUACUAUUGUUACAACUACAUUGAGCACAGAUUGCUUAAAUUAUAGCGCUUUAUGUAUUCAUCUUUAACCAAACCAAGCUCGGUGAUGAAUGCAGUACUGUAGAAAUGUUUUUGGUAUAUUUUAUUGUACUUGGUGGAGUUUUGACCGGGCCUUUGUUACCAUGGAGUGAAUCCAAAUGCACACGUUGAAAAGCACACAAGGAUAAUAUGAAUGUGGCUUCUUACUGCGUGUUUUGUCUCAACACCAUGGGGAGUCCAAAACCAGAUCCGAACAUUGAGAAACAGUGUAGUUUGUUACUUCAUUUUUCAAAAUUUUACUCUUAAUAUUGCACCACUAAUACCUUUUUUUACAGCAGCUAACAUUUGCAUAUAAUCUCGUAAUUGCAAUUCCAUUUGUCGAAUAUAUUUUAUUAUUGUAUGGAAGAGAAAUAGGAUGUCCGUUAGUUAGAUGUAUUAGUGGGUCUGCACAGUGAUUUGGGUCCAGAACUUUUCAUGUGAAAGAAGAGUUUUUGUGCAUCACGACUUGUCCAUAUCUGCAGUUAUUCAAAUAAUUUUGGCAAAUUUUCCAUGCUAGGCCCGCAGAAGAGUAAAAACCCAGCCAUCUGGCAAGACUGUACAGAAAUUUCGAAAAUAAUUUGAGGCACCCAAUUAAGUGACGAGCACUAUGUUUUAUGAGGCCAAGGCAGUUGAAGUCUAUUAUAAUUACCAUACUUCUGCAAGCCGCCGCCCCCCCCCCCCCCCCCCCCCUAGUGUAGUUAUCUAAUGAAAUGGAUUCCGUAUAUCCCCCUGUUAUUGCACCUUUUUGCAUUUUGUUUAGACGACACCAACUGCGACCGGAUUACUGACAUGCAGCUUGCUGGCCGCCUCUCCCCUUUAAUGUAAUUCAUAGUAAAACCGAAAUGACCAAUAUCUGGCCUUUGCUCCACAGGGCAUAAAGGUGCAGUUACACCAAUUCCACUGCAUCAUAAAAAAGUGACAUCUAGAGAAGAAAGUGACCCUGUAGAAUUUGAUUUGCUUAUUAAUAGGCCUACCCCAGUAGGAUUUGAUUUGAGAUUUCACAGGGUCACUUUUCACAUUACAACUCUAUUUCUCAGUAGAAUUAGGUUUUGGAUGGUCUUGAUUUCGGCUGCAUCUGGAAGUCAAGGGCAGCUCCUGCACCUUUGUCCCACGUGGUGAGGUCGGUGACGCGGGCCUAUUAGCAUUUGACCAAAACCAUUGCUCGUUUCGAAUUCUUUGCCGACUGCAAGUCUUAUGAAGUGGUAGUGUACAUUUCGUUUGUUAUUUUAAACAUUCCGAGGGCUUUUGACUUAGACAUCUGGCAGAACGAUUCCAAACUUUCACAAAAGCUUUGGUUUAAAUGCAAACCGUCCAAUAUUUGAAGCCAUGUGAUGGAGCUGUUUAAUAUAUGCCUAAUCAAGCUAUAAUAAGUUCAGACUCUAUUGUGGAUCAGUGGCUUGUGGAAUUGCUUUCCAUCGGUGAGCUUUAGUUGGUCAGAGCUGUCUGUCAAGGCCAGGGAUCUGAAGCCAUGGCAAAGAGUACUUUACUCCUGACG